CUUGACUUGUCGAAAGCUGGCAGGAACGCAGUUAGGUCCAACCCGUUGAUCACGGGUUGGAGCCUGCUCCAAUUUACAUCGGUCGGUUCAGGGUCAUAUAUAUAACAUGUGGUCCGAGAAAUUAGGCCGGUUGGAAAAUCAACGGCCAGAUUUUUUUCAAUUUUUUUUACGGGACUCGUACUGAGGUACAAGCUGAUUCACGAGCGGUCGUUUUGAACCCGGCAACCCGGACCCGUCCCGGCCGGAAUUUGGCAUGUGCCGUUCAUGCUAGUAGAAUUUAAAAUUGAAUGAUUCAGCGUGCAGAACCCUAAUUCGUCUGCCCUGUGCCCUUGUUUUGGCCCCUCUCCCUCUCUCUACAACGCGAACUUUCAAAACCGAACAAAUAACGAUGGCGGACGAAGGCGGAGCUACUGUCAAUCCCACCUCCUCGGCCUACGGUGGUGGAGGAGCCGGCGGUAAGUUACGGAAUAAGCCGUUUCGCAGACCAACGACUCCGUACGAUCGCCCAUUAACUGCACUCCUAGGAAACAAUGAUAACAAUAGCAGCUGGUUGAAAAAGCUAGUGGUAGAACCCGCCUCUAAGCUCAUUUCCUAUGGGGCGGAUCGUUUUUUCGCACCGCUACUUCGGAAGCGCCUACCGCCGACUCCGCCUCCUCAGCCGCCAGAGGCAAAAGCUGAUGUCCGUGAUGGGAUUCAAGUGGCUGUUCUUAAUAGUCAUGAUGGACCCCAAGAACCUGUAGGUGGUGAUUGCAGUCAGCCAAUCAACGAUUCUAGCAGCCGUGACUUCUCUGAGCUUGAGCAAUUAAUGAAGCAAAGAACCUUCACCAGAUCUGAAAUUGUUCAUCUGAGAAAACUGCUGCAAUCAAGAGUUGCAGACGAAUCACUUGAGGAUGUAGGACGAAAAAAUGAAGAUACUGCUUCAGAUUAUGCAAGAGAUCAACAAUUUGCGAGUGGGCUCUUGGAAGAAAACAGAAAUGAGAGGAAUAGGUCUUCCACUUUUAUGUCUACUCCUUUUGUCAAUUCAAAAUGUGCCAGCAUGACUUAUAUUACUGAUGAAGAAUGCCUCCAGGUUAUUGAGGAUGAUAAUGCUUCACCUGCUGAACUUGCAAAAGCUUAUAUGGGAAGUAGGCCUUCAAAGGUAUCGCCAUCAGUGCUAGCAAUACGCAGUCGAGUUGGUAAGGGAGAUGCAGGGUUGCUUAGUAGUUUGCCAUCUACCUUAGGGUCACCUAUCAUUGCAUUGAAUAAGAAGACCCGUAACAGCAUGGUUGCCCCUGAUAAUGGCUUCAUAACCCCAAGAUCACGUGGCAGAUCAGCUAUCUACAAUAUGGCUCGUACACCAUACUCCAAAGUUCAUCUAACUUCCAGUCUCAAGGGAAGUGGUAUUUGUCGGAAUGGUUAUGCUGGAUCUGGACCAUCGACAUCCUCAUCUUUUUCUCCAGUAGACAUUGAUGAAAAUAUUGACUUUCGCCCAACGAGCCUAAAACGAAGAGGUUCUGUCUUAGAUGAUGAACUUGGCUCCAUUGGUCCCAUAAGGAGAAUACGACAAAAACCUAAUCUGUUAGUUUCUGGACUUCAUAAUACUACUCCUGGAGUGGUAAUUGGUUCUCCUGCAAAGCAGAAGUUUCCAUUGAUCGACGAACAAAGCCAUAAAGCAUCCAAAGAUGUUGGAGAAAAUGAGAAUGAAACUGUACCAAUCUCCAGUUAUCCUCAUGUUCCUUCCAAGUCUAGUGAGGUGGCUUCCAAAAUAUUGCAGCACCUUGAAAAAAUGACCCCAAAGGAGAAAUCAUCAGUGCCCAAGUUAGUUGCUCGGAAUGACAAAUCGCCUUCGACAUUGACAGCUAGUAUGCUUUCUGGACAAGCUCUCAAGAGUAUGGCAGAUGUGGAUUCGUCAAAAUUGUUGAAUUUUCAGGAUGAUCAGAAGUUGGGGGACGGGUCAAAUAUCACUUUAGCUAAUGCUCGUAAUUUCUGUAAGCAAAAGGAAGAAAAAGUAGUGGAAAAUGGCCAUAAUAAAUAUGUUUCCCCGUUGGACAAGUGGUACCCUGCCUCCAAUAAUGAUUCUGUGCCUAGUACCAGUGGUAGUGGUUCUUUGGUAAAAACUGGUGCAUCUCAUCCUCAAAAGAAGAGAGUUUUUAGGAUGAGUGCUCAAGAGGAUUCUGAGCCAGAGUAUGAUACAUAUUGUAAUGGGACUGUGUCAAGAUCAAUUUCUGAAAGCAAAGAACCAAUGGAUGCUCCACUGACAGAUAGCCAUGCUACACCUUCUGAAGAACCAAAGCUGGUAAAACCGUCAAUGAAGGCAGAAGACCAGUCAGCUUUGCCCCAAAACUCAAGAAAUGAAAGUCCACCUAAUUGUGGUACUGUCGCACCUGGAGAAAUGAGUACUAUUGUUUCCUUGUCAACAUCUGAGGAGACAAAGGAAGCUUCGCAAUCAGUUAUUCCGGUGUUAGUUGCUGACAAACCUAAUGCUCCAUUGUUCAGCUUCAGCUCUAAAGUUGUUGAAAAGGGUGCUUCAUUGCCUUCUGACUCCAACAGAGAGAUGGAUGCAAAGAUUAAAAGCACCAGCUGUUCGGUCAACACUCCUCCAUCAACUGGAUCUCAAGUCAAAGUUUCCGAGGCAGACAAAAGUUCUAUGGACCCUUUCGAGGCAGGAGAUGCAAAUGGAAAAUCCGACAACAUUCCCUCAACGACAUCAAUACGACCAUCUCCAGCGUCAUUUACUACAACAUCAGAUCUCUCUAACGACACAAAUCAGAUAUUCAAGGGUAGUAAUGCUUUCCCGUUUAACUCUUUGGCCAGUGAUGGCUCGACCAGCACCCCAAUUUUCGGACUGGCUGCAGCAAAACCUUCAUUUACAGCGGGUAGCCCCGUUUUCAACUUUGGUACUUCUGCAGAUCCAAUUACUUCAGUUCCAGCAGCAUCGACUACUAGCAAAAUCUCUCAAGCAGAUUUAAAUCCUGAAGCCAACAAAAGUGAGGCCACUCCCUUCAAUUCGCCAGCCUCUCAUACCUCGGUCUUUGCUAGCGCCGUUAAAUCUCCCUUGCCAAGCUUGUUCUCAACUGCCUCGCAAGGCACUUCGUCCACUGCUCAGUCUAUUUCCCAAGUUUCAAAACCUAGCAACAGUCCUAGUGGAGUCAAAUUCGGCGCCAACUCUACAGAAGCAAAUGCGGUUAGCUCAACCUCUGCUGCUACUACUCCUACUCCUGGCAUCUUUGCUUUUGGCCUCAGUUCUUCAACUAGCAGCAGCACUACGAACAGUUCUUCGGCACCCUCCUUCUCCAGUGCUCCUAGCAACAGCAAUCCCUUUGCAGCCAGCUUGCAAGUCCCCAAGCAGUCUUCAAUAUUCGGUUCCUCCAAUACAUUAACGUCUGGAUUCUCGUUCGAAGCAUUGCCAUCAUCAUCAUCAUCAGCUCCUUCAACGAACGUUUUCAAUUCGUUUGGGCGUGUGGAUCAGAUGAGUGUGGAGAACAGAAUGGCUGAAGAUAAUCCCAUGCAGCAACAGCAGCUGCCGUUUGGUCAGCCAGGGGUGGCGCCUGCUUUUGCAUUCGGGCAGUCCGGGCAGCCCAGCCCAUUUCUGUUUGGCGGGCAGCAGAAGAAUCAAAUUGGGGUGGCUGUGCCUCCCCAGAACCCUAAUCCUUUUCAGGCGUCGGCCAGUCUGGAGUUCAAUGUGGGAGGGAACUUCUCGUUGGGCAGUGGAGGUGGUGACAAGUCUGGUCGAAAGAUUGUCAAGAUCAGCAGAAGCAAGAAUCGCAAGAAGUGAAGGGGUCGAGCCUUUCUCUGUAUUGGCUAAUUUGGUUUUUUUUUGGUUUUUCAUAAUUUGUUUCUUUGGUAUUUUGGCGAAUUUUUUACAAGGCGAGUUCCGAUUUUGGACAUUGUUUGCGCCUUGUGUCGAUUUUAACAAUGAUAUUUGUAUCUUGACAUUGAGUAUAAUAGCGUUGUAAUUGUGUCGUGUGUGCGUGUACCAUUGUGUAGCAUAAUAUGGGCGAAAGCUGAUUCCCAAAGAUGUACUGGUGUAGUUGUGCUGUGCACUAAAAACAGGCUAGCUGCAUAGCGGAAGAAGGAAUUGGUUGGUGGAUGAUUGUAAGUUGUAACUGAUUUACUAACUGAAAAGUGAAAAGAUGGCUGAAAGAAAUUAUACCUUACUAGUUUCUGAGUGUUUGUGAAGCUGGUUGCUCUUCAU